UUAUGUCAAAGUGAAAGUUGUCAGCCGAGAAUGAAAAUUUUAUCAUGGAACAUCAAUGGCAUUCGAGCCAGCAAGAUAGAUUUGAAGACAUUGUUUGAUUCUUUAGACGCGGACGUUAUUUGUCUUCAGGAGACCAAAGUAACACGUGAUCAACUCGAUGAACCAACAGCCAUUGUUGAUGGUUACAGUUCCUAUUUCAGUUUCUCCCGUAAGCGGAGUGGCUACUCAGGUGUUGCCAAUUUCUGCCGAGACUCGGCCACACCAUGUAGUGCUGAGGAGGGACUAACCUCGCUGUUAAACCAGAAGGAUGAUGGAAAGGUGGGUUGCUAUGGUGACACGACACAUUUCUCAACAGAUGAGCUUGAGGCCCUUGAUGCGGAAGGGCGGACAGUCAUCACACAACAUCGGAUACAGUUGAGUGAUGGAAGCGAGGGUCGUCUGGCAAUUAUCAACGUUUACUGCCCAAGAGUGGAUCCUGAGCGGGAUGAUAGGAAGGUCUACAAGAUGAGAUUUCUAGCUCUCCUACAAACUAGGGCAGAGGCACUUCUUCAGAGUGGAAGUCAUGUAAUAGUCCUUGGAGAUCUGAAUUUGAAUCAUAAAAGGAUUGACAACUGUGAUCCAGUUUUGGAGGAUUGGGGAAAGGCCCCUAGCAGAAUGUGGAUGAACCAGUUUGUGUGGGAGCCGGGAAGAGAUCCAGACAUAGAGUCUAUUGGUAAUACAGAGGAGUUUCUAGGUACCACAUCCUCGGUGAAGGGUGGACUGUUUGUCGACACAUUCAGACACCUGUACCCUACCAAGACCGAGGCCUAUUCCAACUGGUGUACCCUCACAUCUGCACGUGAAACAAACUAUGGCCGGAGGCUCGACUACAUUUUAUGUGAUGUUUCUAUGACUAAAAGGGACCUGAAGGAGAGUUUGGUGAUGAGAGAUGUUGAAGGAUCCGACCACUGUCCAGUGAAGACAGAAUUUACAUCAUCAUUUCUACCAGCCGGCAAAUGUCCUGCUCUAUGUACAAAAUGUAUGCCAGAAUUUGUCGGAAAGCAACAAAAACUGUCAUCUUUCUUUGUGAAGGCCUCAAAGUCAAAUGAUUCAUCAUCAAAACAAGGCAACAAAGGAUCACCCAAAAAGACAUUAUCAAUUACCUGUGUGAGUGAACAGAGAUCAAAGCACGUGUCAAACUCUCAGGUUAAGUCUCCGAAUAAGUCCGAAGGCGGCCUUAAACGAUCCAACAGUGAUCGCUCUGAACGUUCAGGACCUCUAGCAAAGAAAAAGAAAGGUGACAUAAAGAACGGCUCGUCACUUCCGAAACAGUCCAACCUUAUGAAUUUCUUUGGUAAACCAGCAUCUAAGAAAGACACUACACCCGACACCUCGGUUACAAGUCGAGCCGAUUGUGAGGUAGUCAAAAUCUGCCAAAACGAUCAAGAAAAUGGAAAUGAAAAAAACAAAAGUGUCUCUACAAGAAAUGACUCUAAGGUGGAUUUGAUAAGUUCUGAAGAUAACGAAUCACCGUCCAGCUCUCAGGAGCUGAAGGGCGGUGGAGAAAUCAAAGUGAAAAAAACUUCAGCACUAGCAUGGAAAAGUUUGUUGAAGGGGCCACCGACUGCCCCUUUAUGUAAGGGUCAUAAAGAGCCAUGUUUGUUACGGACAGUCAAAAAGGAGGGGCCCAAUAGAGGGAAACAGUUCUUUGUAUGUUGUCGGGCAGAAGGUUUAAAUUCAAAUCCGGAGGCUCGAUGUGAUUUUUUCAAAUGGGUAGACAGUAAAAAAUGAUUCACGUCAUUUGUUUGGCUUUAUCAUCCUAGGGUAAUUAAUCUAAGAGACAAUGGCUCGAAUAACUGAUGUGCCGUUGUCUUUAAAUUCACAGAUUCCAUUUUGCACAAAUUAUGCAGACUUGCAAGAUGUCACUUCAAAUUAUGUCAGAGUGUUAAUCUACAUACAUACCUGUAAUAUAUCUUUUUGAGGUAACAAUGUUUUCAAUUAUGAUGUGGUCACUUGGAAUCAAAGGGGGACAUCAUACAUUUUGUCCAGGCUGGAGGUGUGCAAGGCACAGUCACUUCUUGGUUAAAGGUUAAUUAGAUAAGUGCAAAAUAAUAAAAAAAAAAAUUUAACCAUUGAGGAUAUAUUUAUGAAUCUUGAACUUGACCAGCAUCACCCAAUGUAGAUGUGCAACGCAGUGGAAUAAGGUCACUGUGACCUUCACCUCUGUGUCAAUUUUUUUAUGUAAAACAGCUGUAAAUUUUAAAUUGCAGAUAAACUGUUGAAAAUUGGUGAUCACCCAAAGGUUGUGUAGUGCAUUGUGUGAAUCAGUGUUCGAGUAAGUUCAAAGCAUAUGCAUAUUGGCAAAGAAGUGGAGAUCGAGACACAUUUUUGUUAACGAAAAUGUACAUGUCCAUGCCCAAUAUACACUUCACACCACCAAUUUGAUCAAAGAAUUAUUGGUGAAGUAUUGUCAUUUUGUCAGAAUAAAAUAAUGAUGUACAUGUA